AUUAUAAUGUCCAACUGGAAUUCGAAGGUUACAAAUUAAAAGGUAAACAAGAAUUACUAUUAUUCGUUAAAAACCGCGAAUCUUUCGUUAUCCUCUUUGGAUCGUCGAACUAGCCAUCGACAUUAUGUUCUCUUGAUUUCCAGUUAGUGGUGCCUCGUCGUUUACCACCUCAAUUUUGUAUUAUGCUCCGUAACGUUGCUCCUGACCUGGAUACGAGUCAGUUGUUAAUGGAAUUGCAACAAGUUUAUCGGGAUAUAAUCAAUGCAUCUCGCAUAUUCAACAAAGAUAAUGGACAAACAACGCUUGUUAGAUUGGAUAUUCAAAGUGUUAAAAUCAUAGAUGAAUUACUAAGAAAAAAAUUUGUAUAUUUGUAUCAUUCACGUCACCCAGUGAGUGAAUGUAAAAUAUGUGGUUUGGAAGUAGACGAUCUCAAGAAACAUCGGGAAGAAGAUUGUGAUAAUCUAUCAAAAUGUGUAAGAUGUAAUGACAGUCACGAUUCGAAUGACAACAGAUGUCCAACGAUUAAAUCUUACCGUUCCAUAUUAACAAAACAAUUAUUAAGAACAACCGAAACGAAGCAGGACAAGGAUAAAGGAACCGUAUUUCAACAUAACAAUAAUGAUUUUCCCCCAAUGGAUGCGAUGGUGAACAUCAAUCGUUACAAUAGAAACGGAUGGGUGGAUAGGAAUAAUGAUGAACGGUUAUCCAGAUUAGAAAAAAAUGUGGGUGAGAGGGGCGAAGAGAUUAACAGACUAUUAAAGGUUGCAGAACAACAUGAUGAACAACUACGUCAAAUGCAGCAUGUAAUCCAGCAUCAACAAACCCGGCUAGAACAAUAUGCUCAAAAUUUAACGCUACUUAACGUGGAUAUUAAAUUUUAUAACGAAUUUUUAGGUCAGUUUAUUACCCCAGUCUGUCAAGCGAUGCUAGAAAUUAUUCCAGCAUUAGUCAAUAAACAAACGCUGAAUACAGACACGACAGCAUCACUAAUUAGCCUAUAUGAUAAACUCGCGGACUAG